GGUACGAGAACAAGAAGCGGCGCAUCUGACGUAUUCGUCUCUCACAGGAUCGGUCGCUGUGCAUGUUCUCGACUCUAACCCUCAGAGGCACGCACCUCCCGGGUCCCAUCACACUUGCCAGACGGGAAUCCUUUCCGGCUCGUCAAUACGACCUUGACAAAGAACAGUACGCGAACAGACCAGACUGGCUCGCUGUGGAACCACCGCAGAACAGUGGCCACCUCUCCCUCGAACUUGGCGAACGUAUUGGCGGUGGCAGGUCUGCCGUCGUCUACUCCGUGAAAGCUAUCCCCAAUGCGUCUCGCAUCGACGAAUCUUGUGACUUGGACCUUUGCGUCAAGGUGGCGCGGCCGAACCGUUGUCGCUCGCUCGCUCGGGAGGCAUGGAUUCUGGAACAGCUCCCCGAGGGCGUGACCCAGGGUGUAAUCACGCCGCGCUGCUACGGAUUUUUUGCCGUCGAUUUAUCUCCUAGGCAAUUGCCCUUUCCUCUCUGGUCUGGCGACGACUACUUCAUGGAUGCAUCACCAGGGCACUGGGAAAAAGACGAUCCCACCCAGGAUGAUCCUCUAUACGACGACGACCGACCUGAUGAAGUGCGGUGCCCGGGCUCUCCUCCCGGUGCUAGAGAGCUUUCCCCAUGGGUCAAUUGGCGUCCUGACCCUGGUGCACCACUCUUGUCGGUUCUUCUUAUGGCUCGUGGAGGGCGGACAUUCAGCAUGGCCGAGGAUGACUGGGAUCGAUCCAAUCACAAAGACAUUGAAGACAUCCUCGACGAUCUUUCCGCCAAGUACAUGUUACAUGUUGACCUUCGCCCAUCGAACGUCAUACGUGCGCCGUCUCAUACGCAAGAGUGUGGAGUGCACAAAUGCGUACACAAGUGGAACAUCAUCGACCUCGCCUGGUCGACCGUCGAUGGCCCCAAAGAUGAUGAAAAACUUGCGCUCAUCUGCGAGUUGCAGAGGGGCAAGUGGCGCAACCGGUACUGGUAUGCCUGAACGCCGUGCGUGAACCGAGCGCCAUAUGUCUCCUCAGGCUGUAAUCUAUUACACUGAAUGCGUGUACUUCGUGAUCAGUGGAGACUACCAACUGUCGGAAAACGCCUUCCAUCCGCAAAAAGGUCGUGUUCAGAGUCUGCUUAGGGGACAUAAUCCUACGGGGUGGGCCGCCGGUCAGCGAGCUCAAGAUCUUCAGUCUCUACUCUACCGAUGUGGCUCGUCACCGGCUCACCGUCAGCGUGGAGCUCAGUCCUCGCUGCAGGACCUAAUUAUUGCGGACAUUGCCACGGGGGGCCUCAAUACAAAGGUAUAGU